UCUCUCUCUCUCUCUCUCGUCAACUCGUAUUGAAUUCGCGGAUCAUUCGGCGCUUGACUAUCACCGCCCUCAAUCACCGCACUUGGAAUUUCUCCUCCCGAACAGCACGUUUACACAACCGAACCACUCUGUCUCCCCCCAUCUCUCUCUCUCUCUCUCAUGUCAAUGCCUGUGAGUGCACGCGCUCUUCUUGUCGAAGAACGUGAAUGAAUCCAAAGUCCCUCUCGACAUCGGAUCUCUCGUGACAGAGUGAGAAUAUCGAUCGACCCAAGUCGUCCUUUCGGCUCCUCGCUUCGUUUUCGGCGUUAUUUUUGGGAGGGAACUCUGUUUCCUGGUCUCCUUCCCCUGUUUCCACACUCCCUGUGAUGAGCUCGAUCCUUUUAGUUUGAUGGGUUUUGGCGUAAUUCGAUCGGCAUAGUUGGUGUUGUGGACGUGAUUUUGGGUGGUGGUAAUAACACAUCAGUACGGAGAAGGAGCCUCUGCUUGGAACUCUGUUUCCUAUUCUUCUUCCCCUGAUUCCACACUCCGUGUGACGAGCUCGAUCCUUUUAGGUUGAUGGGUUUGGUGUAAUUCGAUCGGUAAGUAUUGCGGAUGUGAUUUUGGGUGGUGGUAAUAAUAGUGUAUUAGCAUGGAGAAGGAGCCUCUGCUUCCGUUCUCGAGCCCCAGGAGGAGGCCGCCGUCCCUCUCGUCGCUCCCUGAGGAUGGCGAGAUCUCCAUCCCUGUUCCCCUCACGCCGUCGGACCUGAAGGACCGCCUCAUUUUCGGGCCGUCUCCGUCUCCAGAGGACGCUUCGCAGAUCGUCGAUGCGUUGACUCUGUCCGGGAGUUCGUCCAGACCAUCCUCUUCUCAAGACCUGUUCGCAUCAUUGCCUUUUUCUGCGCAGGAGUCUCGCUUGGGUGAUUAUAAUGUGGUGGGCUGGAAAUCCAAUUUGCACCGCGCCAAGACGGCGCCGGCAAUGGUGGUUUUGAAUGAGGCUACUUGCCAACCUGCUCCGCCGAAGCCUCAGUCCAAUUCACAAUCGAUUGUCCGUCAGGCGGUGUUACUUUUAGUUGCUUAUUUGUUGUUCGGUGUGGCCAUAUACUGGUACAACCGUGAUAACUUUACAGCUAUUGAGACUCACCCUGUUGUGGAUGCUCUGUACUUUUGCAUUGUCACUAUGUGCACGAUUGGGUAUGGUGAUAUUACGCCGAAUAGCACUGCAACCAAGAUGUUUUCUAUAAUGUUUGUAUUGGUGGGGUUUGGAUUUAUCGAUAUAUUGUUGUCUGGGAUGGUUAGUUAUGUUCUUGAUUUGCAAGAGAGUUACCUGUUGAGGGCGGCACAGGAUAGGAAGGAAAAGAAGCAUUCCGGAGGAUCCUAUUUAGUCGAUUUGAAAAAGGGGAGGAUGAGGAUAAGGAUGAAGGUGGCAUUGGCCUUAGGUGUUGUGGUUCUUUGUAUUGGAAUUGGUGUGGCUGCGGUGCAUUUUGUUGAGAGGCUUGGCUGGUUAGAUUCCUUUUACUUCUCGGUAAUGUCUGUCACCACGGUUGGGUAUGGGGACCGUGCAUUCACAUCAAUGCCUGGUCGUAUUUUCGCUUCGAUCUGGUUAUUAGUAUCGACACUGGCGGUUGCGCGUGCAUUUCUCUAUUUGGCCGAGGCAAGAGUUGAUAAGCGACAAAGGAGGAUUGCAAAGUGGGUGCUUAGUCAUGAUAUGACCGUAGCCGAGUUCCUGGCAGCUGACAUUGACAACAAUGGCUUUGUUAGUAAAUCUGAAUAUGUCAUAUACAAGCUUAAGGAAAUGGGGAAGGUAUCAGAGAAAGACAUUCUGCAGAUCUGCAACAAGUUUGACAUGCUGGACACUGGCAAUUGUGGGAAGAUCAGUCUUGCUGAUCUCAUGGAAAGUCACCAUUGACGUGCUGUUCCUAGUUGACCAGCUGAUCGAACAAGACAAGACACACGGCAAGAGGAAUCUUGAAUUCCUAAUCCAUGGGAAGUCGAUAUUUGGGGCCUAAUCAAGUCACAGAAGAUGGUGCUGCAAUCAUACUGCUUGAGUUCCCAGUUCAUAUGCUUAUUGACAGGUUACCGGUUUGGCUUCGCCCUCAUUGAAGUUUAUCUGGGCUUGUUGCUCUUAUAACACUGGUAUAUCAUAUUGCUGAGUAGGGUUGGAGGAAUGGAGUUGGUCCGACAAAAGUUUUGCUUUUACUUGGAUUAUGGAGUAGUUUUGGUAAGAUAGGUGACGAAUGGGUACGUUUUCUAUCUGUAUAGGUUUGGUUUGAUUCAUUCUUCGUAGAAGCUUAUUUAUACAGGCAGUUCUUUCUUUUUUUCCGAGUAAUGCUAGGUAUACUAGAUGGUAUGAUGCAAGUGUGGUUUCAAACAUGAUUCGCAGUUUGUGUAUAACAUGAAAUGGAUGCAUGUGCAUUGUAUAACAUCAGUAUAUCCUAUUCCUUAA